AUGAGAACCCACCCUAAGGUCCUUGCCAUCGGAUUCCUUCUUGUUAUCCUCUCCGCUGCCUUAUGGCAUAACUACCUUCCACUCCUUGUCGUAGCAACUUAUGUGAUCGCGCCGUUACCAAAUUGGAUAUGUGGUCGAUGUUCAAAUCCGGACGACUUUAUGGAGACGCCUGGCAGUGGCGUUGUGGAUUUUGGCAGAUGGCUUACUGGCUUUCUCGUCAUCAUGGGAAUCGCUCUUCCUGCCGUCUUAGCGCAUAGUGGUGCGAUACAAGUUCCUGCCAUGGUGAUGUCGGUCUUGGGUGGCCUUUUGAUAUACGGCACAAUAAUCAGCUUCACCAUGUUCUUUCAGGAGCAAGAAGAGUUCUAG